AUGUCGCGAUACCUCAACCGCUCCCCCUCGCCACUUCCUGUCGGUGCUCGCGCGUCCUCACCCGCUCCACGCCACCGACUUAGCACCUCGCCAUGCCGCGCGCGGAAGUAUACACCCAAAGCCGCUGCUCAGUCAUUGCCUUCGCCGCGCACGCCACGGCGUGCUCCAAAGCCCACGAUCAAGACCAUCAAGCCCGUAGCCACACCGGUCAAGCCUGCGACCCGAGCCAAACAGGCGACAAAGACUGCGCGCCACGUCCACUUUGCUGAUGCAGUCUCGCCACCGAAAGCUGGCAGCAGCAGGCGAGUUGAGGCGGCGCGGGGAGUAUGCAAGCGGGCGCGAGAGGUCGCGUUGGAGCCGUCACGCGGCAAGCGGCGGCGCUCGCUUCCGCCAGACGAUGACGAUAUAGAGAACGCACCAGUGUCCGAGAGUUCUCACGGGAGCGAGCGAGUAGAUGAGCGGCGCCAGAGCUGCGGGAAGAACAUGUCGAGUGAACCACCGCGCGAACCCAUUAGCGAACUACCCAGCGAGCCCCUGCAUGAGCCUCUCCCGGAAUCUCUGCUUGAGCUUCUGCGUGAGGUUCUGCGCGAGUCUCCGCAUGAGUCUCCAAGCGAGCCGCCGUGUGAGUCUCGGCACGAGCCUGCCCAUCCAUCGUCGAGUGAGCCCCCGUGUGCUCCUCCAAGCGAACUGUUACGUGAGCCUCAGUGCGAGUCCGUGCCAGAACUCCUACACAAGCAGCUGCGCGAGCCUUCACCACUCGCGUCACCUCCAAGCACCGAAAGCGCAACCUUCCCGCGCCCACCAGGCCCCGUCAUGCUGCGCAUCCGCCUGCCUAAGCCUAUCGAUCCUCCGCCGCCUCGCGUGCCCUCCUCCAGCCUUUCUUCUGCUCCCAGCUCACCGACGGCAUCUCCAAGCCACGAGAACUCCCCCUCGUCCACGCCAACCCCACCUCCGCCCAGUCCGCGCCCCCGCCCUCUCCCAGACUUCGUCCGCAACCUCGUGCCACCCCGCCCUGUCGCAAUCGUCGAGAUUAACCGCCGCACACCCUCUCCGCCACCCAAGAGGCCUCCGCAGGGUUGGCUUGAUCCGAAACUCCCACCCCAGAUUCCGCGGACGCGUGGAAAGAGCGCAGACGCGUUCCGCGCGUUCGUCCAGGUCACCAACGCACGCAUCCAGUGGGACAGGUUACCGACGGUCAAGGGGCGGCGCACAACGGUCAAGCCCGAACCUACCCCCAAAAAACAUCCACCACUGCCGCCGUUGACACGAAUGCGCGCGCUCCUCAAGGCUCGUCACUUGCCCGCAUCACAGGGUGCGCACAAGCGCCGCCGGGUCGGCCGUAUCCCCUCGCCGUCUCCGCAUCUCUUCAUUGGCCGGCUGGACGCACCGCCCCUUGUCUUCCGUACCCGCCCACCCUUUAUUGCCUGGCGUAGAAACCUUCGGUGGAUCCGCGGCGAGGUGGUGCUCGAGGAGGAUUAUGUGGCCGAGAUCGGGGCGGAUAGGGAUGCGGUGAACGGAGAGUGUUCAACACCAGUCGAUACAACGGCCCAGCGGCUGCAACACGCUCCUCUGAAGACUGUGUCCCGCUACGACUUCAAGUGCCGAUUCUGGGCCUGA